UGCAACCCAUGCAUAUAAAAUAUCAAACCUGACCCAAAAUUAGAAUCAUUCGAUCUUUAUUAUCUCAUACUCACCUGGCCGAAAUAAAACAUGUCCAAUACAUUUUUAUUGUUUAUCCGACAAAGUUAACUUACAUAUUUGACGAACAAAUUCUGCCAACGCACAAUCCGAAAAUUUGCAAAUUUUAACUAAAUACCAACUAUUACAAGGAAAAGUACGUAACCAAUUGCAAUAAAUCAGUCUCAAAAACACUCCAAAAUAAAUUUAGCAGAAAUGGAACAAUCGCAUAACAUCACUUUCGACCAAAUUAAGAAAGCCGGAAUUUUAAGAUCCCCUUUUACCGCAAAGGUUAACCUUAUCGAGGAGAAGCGUCUCACCGACGCACCGUACCUCAAACUAAUGCUCACGCAGGAUGAGGGGGCAAACAUUAUCGUCGUAAUGGCCAUGGCGUAUGAAAAGGCAAAAAUUACAUAUGAGACCGGAAAACAAUACCAAUUCGAUUCUGGCAUGUUUCGAGUCCGUGCGAAGAAUCAAAAUUACCGAUCCUGGUCCACCUUUAAUUUCGACUUGUGGUUCCUCCGUGAUGAGACAGCAUAUCGAAAAGAGCUAUCAUCUCAACGAAGCGUUAGAUCCAAUUUUUCGGCAUCCCAUCGCCCCACACAAGUAUUGCAACCCACAACGAGUGCCAAUGCUGAUAAUAAUUGGCGAAGUUGAAGUACUUGCAGAGUAAAUUCAAUAGUUAAAUUUAAAUUAAAUUAUUUAUCUACUUAUGACUUAAUAACUUAGAAUACCAAAUGAUUUAAAUAUUUUAACGACGUGUGGUUCAUUUUUAAUGGUUGGGUUGACGCCAUAUUAUUUAGUAUUAAUGUUUUAGACAUGUAAAUACAUAGUUAGUUAAUAUCUUAUGCAUAAAUAUUUAUAUGAUAUAUACAUACAUAAUUGUAGACUCACAUAUUUAGUUUUAAAUUACUGCAAAGAAAAAACACAAUUAUAAAAUAAAAUGAUAAAGCGUUACGGGACAAUUCUCUAGAAUAGAUUAUAUCUGUUCAUAUAGAUAAGUAUUAAACAACAUUAUUUUUUCUGAGUUGUAAUGAAGUAGCAUGCAGUAACACUAACCAAUAAAAUUUCGACAGUAGCCGAAUUUCAAAACACGCCUAAA